AUGGAGAGAGAAGGAAGAAGAGAAGACGAAGGAUUUUUUUAUUAUCUCUGGCUUCCGUUUAAGUUCAUCUACCAAACUCUCCGAUCUCUCUUACUCAAGCUUUUCGGUCUGCAAACUCCUUCCAACCAUACUUUUCAGGAAGAAGUGGAGGAGGAAGUGGUUGAGGUUGUGGAAGUAUCAUCGAGGGGGCUUCCGGCGAAACCGAAACCACAGCAGAGGUCGAGAGCCAGUUCCGGCAAGCCUGGAGGUAUCAACAACACGCCUUCUUAGGUUAUGUAUAGUAAGAUUCUUGCUUACAUGCUCAUGUAAUUAGUGUAAGAAAAUAUGAUCUGUUUCCCCUUUUGCAUUGUACAUUUCUCGAAGAUUGUAACCUCACCGAGACCUUUUGUUUCAUAAUAAUAAAAGACAGUGAGAAGCUCGUGUGAUAAUGUGUGAGCAAGUUGUAAAACAAAUAAAAUAAUCGUAUUUAACCGC